GAAUAAAUAAUAUCAAAAACGAGCAGUUAAAAAAUGUCAAUGUUUUUCUUUCGCUUACAUAAUCUUCAGCGUGCUGAGGAGACUAAACGUAAAAAACGUGUCGAACAUCAACGGCUACGGCAACGUCAACGACGCGGUGCUAAGGUAUUUCGUUCCGUCGUCAACUCAACGGGACAUCUAACGCUGGCACCUUCACGUCUUUUUGAGAAAACACCGAUGAGUCCAUCAGAUAGUUUAGAUGAGAUAGCAUUGCAAAUACCGAGGCGGGUUAUCACCAUAAUAAUAUUUUCGUAUGUGGCUUCUCAUUGGAACGGAAAAAAUGUUGUCAUUAAAUCUAAGUAA